CUUGGCUGAUGGAGGUUUUAAUUCCUGCCCUUUGUGCUGAUGAAGGAGGCCAGGCAGCUUCUCCUAAAAACUGUAUUCUCUUGUUUUCAGAAAUGAGUGACCAGUCAUCUCUGCAGGAACUGCAAGUUUCAUUUUCACGAGCUGUCUUUCCAUUUGCUGUUAUCGUGAAUGCCAGUUUUAAUGGAUGUUUCUCACUUUCUUCCCUACUAAGGACAAGACAUUAGUCUAGAUGUAGUAAAUUGGAAGAAAUGGAAGAAAGGAAGAUCAAGAGGAGGAGCCCCAAAUCAUCUUCCAGUCACUCUACUCAGGUUGCUAACUCCAAGAAAAGCUCAGUGCCCGUCAGUAAAAGCACAGCCUUUUCCAACCCUGCCCCACAGCCUGCCGUGCAAAAACCAAAGUUAAAACGGGUGAUCAAAGAGAAAGCCAAACCUCCAGGAGGUGAAGCAAAAGGGGCACAGGCAGCACCAAUCCAGCAUUCUUUUCUCACAGAUGUAUCAGAUGUCCAGGAAAUGGAAAGGGGACUUCUGAGUCUCUUGAAUGAUUUCCACUCUGGCAAACUUCAAGCAUUUGGAAAUGAAUGUUCCAUUGAGCAGAUGGAGCACGUGCGGAGUAUGCAGGAGAAACUUGCUCGCCUCAAUCUGGAGCUCUAUGGGGAGAUGGAAGAACUCCCUGAAGACAAAAGAAAACUAGCCAGUGAUUCCAACCUGGAUAGACUGCUGUCAGAUCUAGAAGAACUAAAUUCAUCUAUCCAAAAACUACAUUUAGCAGAUGCUCAAGAUAUUCCAAAUGGUACUACAGGCUGACAGAGAACAUCUUUGUCAAUCUGGAUUCUCCCAGAUUUGCUUUUGUUUUUCCAGACAAUGGAAUCAAGAAGAGUUGUGACUUUGUGUUGUUUGUUUUUAAUUUUACACAACAAAGAAUCAAAGUGCAAAUCCAGGUGUUUAUUUUGCACAUUCCUUUGGGCACUGCAUUAUGUCAGGGCACAGUACCUAGAGUUGUAAUUAAUUGUGAUGCCGUGCUUUCUAUUAUUGCCUUACUUAACAGAAAAAUUGGAGAAACUUGGAAAUACAUUUCUUCUGCUUAGCAUUCAUAUGGUUGCAAAUGGUGUAUGUAUAUAAGUUCAUUGGCAUUUCUCCAGUUUUUGUGAAGAUAGUGAUAAUGUUGCCUUUCUGAUUAUUACAUAGACAAUCUGCUCACUUUAGUGUUUUGUUGAUUGGUGAUGCCACAGAUUAAUUUAUUGUUAAUAAAGUGAAGUUUUAAAUACAUGAUGUUUCAUUUGCAGAAGCUGCUAUUGGUUUGGCUGUGUUAGGAAGAUGAGUUUUAGCACUGUCUGAAUGUUUGCAGAGUUUACAUUUUUCCAUUACUAUACAUAAUAAUAAAAUGUCACCAGACUAAAACUGGCAUGUUAGCAGUCUACAUAAAUUAAGUAUUGUGAAAUUCCAAAAUUGCGUAGUUACUGUUCAAUAAAUCCAGGAUAUUCAA